GUUCGUACUGCGUACCUAUAAAAAGAACUUCGUUUAAAGAAAUAAUUUUCAUUGAGAAUAUCUGCUUUACUCAAUUGAAAUUCAGACAUCAUCUGUUAAAGAAGUCUCGUGUUGUCAAGAAUCAGUUUGUCUAGUAGAUAAUUUCAUUCAACAUCCUUUAUUUCUCAAUUUUCCAAUUGUUUAUAUGAAAAUUCUGGAAAAUUUCCGUCUGCAGCCUUGAAGAUUAAGCUUGUAUUAAGUUUAUCGGCAGACAUAAUAUAGAUAAGAAGUGACUUAAUUAGAAUUAAAUUGUGCCAGUGAAAUUAUUGAGUGACUAAGUGCGAAAUGGAAUUCGAUUUAAUAAUAAAGGAUGAUGCUAGAAUCAAGCAGUAUGAGUCCUGGGAAGAAAAUGAAGAGAUCCAGAUAUUUCGAGAGUACUUGAGGAUCCCAUCAGUUCAUCCAAAUAUUGAUUAUCGCGAUUGUGUGCGAUUUUUAUUUCGACUUGCUGAAGAAAUCGGAUUGACAUCUAAAGUGUAUCAUCCAGUAGAAAAAACUAAGCCAGUCGUUGUUAUCAGUCUAUUUGGCACUCAGCCAGAAUUAAAAACUAUUAUACUUAAUUCUCAUAUGGAUGUUGUGCCAGUUUUUGAGGAAUAUUGGACUCAUAAACCGUUUGAUGCCGAGAUGGAUGAAGAUGGACGCAUUUUUGCGAGAGGUGCACAAGAUAUGAAAUGUUGUGGUAUGCAAUAUCUCGGCGCUUUGAGAUACUUUAAACGAAAAAAUGUCACAUUUAAGCGUACAAUUCAUGUUGUUUUUGUACCGAAUGAAGAAUUAGGUGGCCAAGGUGGGAUGGCAGAUUUUGUUCACACGACUGAAUUUCGAUCAUUGAAUGCAGGAUUUUCAAUCGAUGAAGGAAUCGCAUCACCGACAGACACCUUCAACAUUUACUAUGCAGAAAGAUGCAUUUGGCAUAUAAUAUUUACAAUAAAUGGCAACAAUGGUCAUGGCGCUCUCUUAUUGAAAGAUACAGCACCAGAACGUUUACGAACACUUUUGGAUAGAUUUUAUGACUAUAGGGACACUCAAGUUAGAAAAUUACAAGAUAAUCCAGAUCUCACAAUAGGAGAUGUUACUACAGUUAAUAUAACUAUGAUAAAUGGUGGUGUUCAACUUAAUACAGUUCCUCCUAAUAUCAAGAUAAUGACAGAUAUUAGAUUAGCUGUUGAUAUUAAUCAUGAAGAAUUUGAGAAUAUGGUCAAGUCAUGGUGUUCAGAAGCUGGUGAUGUAGAAUAUGAAUUUGAUCUUAAAGAUCCAUAUAUUCAACCCACAAGCUUAGAUGAAUCUAAUAUUUAUUGGGGAGCAUUUAAGUCAGCAGUCAGCGAAAUAGGCAUAAAAACCAAAGUUCAGGUUUUUCCCGGUGGAACCGACUCUCGUUAUUUACGCAGUGUUGGACUGCCAGCAAUUGGCUUUUCACCUAUGAACAACACACCAGUUUUGCUUCACGAUCAUGAUGAAUUUUUACAAGCUGAUGUCUACCUUGAAGGCAUUGAAAUCUACAAGAAAAUUAUCAAUAAUGUUGCAAACGCAUGAAAUGCUUAAAUUUUAUCGAAUUGAAAAUGUUUUUGGGCUUUAAAGUGAUUACAAAUAUGUCGUGGUUGUUUAUUAAUAUGUACUUUGCGGUAUUAUCGAAAUUGUUGAAUAAAAAAGAUAAUUUAAUUUAUGAUAA